CGGGUGACGCUGCGUGCGUGACAACCAGGAAACAAAUGUAAACAAGGCACGGGGAGGCGAAAAUGUUACGCAGCGCUGGUCGUCCGCUGCUUUCCACGAGACUCCGUGACAACACAUGACGGAUUCGCCCCCCGAUAAAGAUUGAUCCCAGUGCAGCCUGUUCUGUGACCAGUGCCCAGAUCGAGCAGUGCUACAACAGAAACCAGCGCGGCGUUAUGGAGUUCUACACGGCCAAGUACACGUACAGACUGGACUUUUCAGUUAUGCGGCAGAUUAACGUCACAACAGGGAAGCAACGGCCGAUCAAGCGUUCGCUGCACUCUGCAACUGGCUUCAGGUUUAUUUGCGAUAAUCUUGCCCUGCCUGUUCCCUGUCACUGGGAGAGAAUCAACACCGAUGAGCCAUAUCAGCUGAUCCAACUGGGCAGAGACACCUAUGAGUUUAAAGAAGUGGCCAGGCUGUAUGAAAGGACGAUGGAUCAUCCAAUCAAAUCCAUUCAGAGGAUUCAGAACCUGGACUUGUGGGAGUUUUUCUGCCGGAAGAAAACACAGCUGCGAAAAGUCAAGCGCACACUGGACAUUGAGGAGCGAAUGCUGUUCCAUGGCACAGGACACAGCAACAUACAAGCUAUAUGUACGUUUAACUUCGACUGGCGGCUCACAGGAAGCCACGGCGACGUCUAUGGCAAAGGGAGCUACUUUGCUCGGGACGCCAAAUACUCCAGCAAAUUCUGCCACACCACGGGCAAGCACAGCACGACGCUGCAGAGACACGGACUCGCCCCGCCGAUAUUUGCCAGCGAGCCUCCCUACAAGACCAUGUUCCUGGCCAGGGUGCUUGUGGGAGAAUACACAGUGGGCCACCCCAUGUACUGCAGGCCACCCUCCAAGGACGCCAGCUUCACCAACUUCUAUGACAGCUGCGUGGACGACAUGGCCACUCCGAAGAUUUAUGUCAUUUUCGACAGCAAUCAGAUUUACCCGGAGUAUCUGAUUGAGUUCUACUGAUGCCAAGCAAGAGGGAGCGCAACCGCUUCGUGGAGGCCGAGAUAAAGCUUGAACAAAAACAAGCUAAUUAAGGAGAUCCAGCACUUAUUGGAGCAAGGAUCAUUUAAAGUGCCUUUGAGGAUACAUGGAAACUCACAUGGAUAAGACACUAAAGACCAUAUACAGAUUUGUACGGUUGCUGUUCUGUACAGAAUAGUCGGGUUGGGUUGUUAAAGGAUGAACCACUGUGUUAGUAAAUGCAGACUCCGCUUGCUUGUUCAGCUUUGGUGCAGUGGCACAUGCAGGCUGUGUCCCACACCUGCCAUCAGCCCGUUGAUCAUCAGAGCCGUGCACGAGCAAGCGAUGCGGACCUAGGUCCACAAACCGCCACACGGCUCCACCCGCCUUCACCCACCAGUCGCUGACUGAGCAUCCCUGAGCAUCGUCCAACCUGGCACCUUGCGUAUCAUCUAAGUGCUGAUGGUCCUUUCCAUAUUCUGUUCAUGAAAACGCUUCUACCUCUGAAUUUUUUGGAUCAUGCAUCUGAGCACUUUCCUCUCCUUUCCACGAAAGGUUUGUGUAACUGUGUCACAUUGACACGUAGCGUUUGCAAUGUCGCGCCGUUUAAUCUUCCUCGAGCAAUACGUUUGUGUCAUGAACUGGUGGGAGUGGACGUGACUCGAUUCCAGACCCUCUGAAACAGGUUCUCUUUGCACCGUGUGUACAUUUAUCAUAAAAUGAAUGUAGCCAGCACAUGUACUACUGUAUUAAAAACAAACUCGCA